GGGAAAGUGAAGGGAAGGAGUUCAGUUUUUCCCGCGAAAGAGACGCCGCAAGGAGGCUUUGUGUGCGGCACCUUACAUCCUGCUUAGUUCUUACUAAGAAGAAAAAGUUGUUUUUGUCUGGGUUUGCUUCCUUACACUCCGCUUUCUUCGUGUCUUUUGCGAUCUGGUUCAUUCAGCAUGUCUGGCUUUGACGACCCAGGAGUGUACUACAGUGACAGCUUCGGAGGUGGAGAGGGCCCCGGCGGGGACGAAGGUGGACAGAAGCGGAUCCAGAUCAAGAAGCGGUUCCGUGAGUUCUUGCGACAAUUCAGAGUGGGGACCGACCGCACCGGCUUCACCUAUAAAUACAGAGAUGAGCUGAAGCGACACUACACCUUGGGAGAGUACUGGCUGGAGGUGGAGAUGGAGGACCUCGCCAGCUUCGAUGAGGAUCUGUCAGACUGUCUUUACAAGCUGCCGACUGAGAACCUGCCUCUGCUGGAGGAAGCCGCAAAGGAGGUGGCCGAUGAGGUGACCCGUCCCCGGCCUGUCGGGGAAGAGGCUGUGCAGGACAUCCAGGUCACGUUGAAGAGCGACGCUCAUCACGCAUCCAUCCGCAGCCUCAAGUCUGAGCAGGUGUCUCGUCUGGUGAAGGUGCACGGCAUCAUCAUCUCUGCCACGGCGGUCAAAGCCAAGGCCACCAAGGUGUGUCUGCAGUGUCGCGGCUGCCGCGCCGUCAUCCCCAACAUCCCCCUGCCUCCAGGGCUGCAGGGUUAUGCCCUGCCGCGCAAGUGCAACUCUGAGAGUGCUGGCAGGGUAAAGUGUCCUGUGGACCCUUACUUCAUCAUCCCAGACCGCUGCGUUUGCGUCGACUUCCAGACACUUCGUCUGCAGGAGUCCCCGGAUGCUGUACCGCACGGAGAGAUGCCCCGUCACCUGCAGCUCUACUGCGACAGGUAUCUGUGUGACCGCGUGGUCCCAGGAAACAGGGUGACCAUCAUGGGUAUUUACUCCAUCAAAAAGAUGGCUGCACCAAAAGCCAAAGGCAAAGAGAGAGGGGUUGGCGUGGGUAUUCGUGCGUCCUAUCUGCGAGUGGUCGGUAUCCAGGUGGACACAGAAGGCGCAGGCCGUGGUGCCACUGGAUCCGUCUCCCCACAGGAAGAGGAGGAACUGAGGGCACUGGCUGCUUCUCCUAACGUCUACAACUCUCUGUCACAGUCUAUAGCGCCAUCCAUCUAUGGCAGCGAUGAUGUGAAAAAGGCCAUUACCUGUCUGCUGUUUGGAGGUUCAAGAAAGAGGCUACCUGAUGGUCUCACUCGUAGAGGUGACAUCAACCUGCUGAUGCUGGGUGAUCCCGGCACAGCCAAGUCUCAGCUGCUGAAGUUUGUUGAGAGAUGCUCGCCCAUCGGGGUCUACACCUCCGGUAAGGGCAGCAGCGCGGCCGGUCUGACUGCCUCCGUGCUCAGGGACCCCAGCACCCGAGGAUUCAUCAUGGAGGGGGGAGCCAUGGUGCUGGCCGACGGCGGGGUCGUGUGCAUCGACGAGUUUGACAAGAUGAGAGAGGAUGACAGAGUGGCGAUCCACGAGGCCAUGGAGCAGCAGACCAUCUCCAUCGCUAAGGCUGGCAUCACCACCACCCUGAACUCUCGCUGCUCUGUGCUGGCAGCAGCCAACUCCGUGUACGGCCGCUGGGACGACACAAAGGGCGAAGACAACAUCGACUUCAUGCCCACCAUCCUGUCCCGUUUCGAUAUGAUCUUCAUCAUCAAGGACCAGCACGACCAGCAGAGAGACAUGACGCUGGCUCGCCACGUGAUGAACGUCCACCUCAGCGCGCAGACGCAGACCGAGGGUGUCGAGGGCGAGAUCCCGCUGACCACAUUUAAGAAAUACAUCGCUUAUGCAAGAACUAAGUGUGGUCCUCGGCUGUCUGCUGCAGCUGCUGAGAAGCUAAAAAACAGAUACGUGGUGAUGAGGAGCGGAGCACGAGAGCACGAGAGGGAGAGCGACAAAAGAGCCUCCAUCCCCAUCACAGUCAGGCAGCUGGAGGCCGUCGUGCGCAUCGCAGAGUCGCUGGCUAAGAUGAAGCUGCAGGCGGUGGCUGGAGAAGAGGAGGUGGAUGAGGCCCUGAGGCUCUUCCAGGUUUCCACGCUGGACGCUGCACUGUCUGGCAGCCUUUCAGGAGCGGAAGGCUUCACUUCUCAGGAGGACCAGGAAAUGAUCUCUCGCAUCGAGAAGCAGCUGAAGAGACGCUUCGCCAUCGGCUCGCAAGUGUCAGAGCACAGCAUCAUACAGGACUUCACCAAACAGAAAUAUCCAGAGCACGCCAUCUACAAAGUCCUCCACCUGAUGUUAAGGAGGGGGGAGCUUCAGCACCGCAUGCAGAGAAAAGUGCUCUACAGAGUCAAGUAGAGAAAAGUGCUCUAUGAGAUAACCAUAUUGUUGUUGUUGUAAAUAGUUUUCAUUUGUGGUGUUAUGUUUGCCAGAAUAGUGUCUCAUCUCAGCUGUAGCUCUGUACAGCAGGAUGCAUGCCAACAGGGUGGAUGAAGAGUCACUGCUAAGAUGGUCCUAGUGCUUUGUAUCAAGCUAAAGAUGUUACUUAAUGUCUGCAUACUGUGUUUAAAAAAAUAAAUAACAAUAAAGUAUUGAAAUUCACAUUAAAA